AGAUUAGAGCAGAGUUGUGGGGGAGGGAGGGCGUGACGCAGCAAGCUACUGGCACCAAGAAAAUCUAGCCAAGAGACAGCUGCGUUAUCAUAUUGCGGCACCAUUGUUGUUGUUGUUUUUUGUUUGUUUUGGUUUGGUUUUUUAACUAGCUGCUGUUUGCGGAGGUCUACCCACUGCGACACUCUGCAUCUCUGGCCGGGUCCUGCAGGACGGUUCACAUCGCCCAUCUCGCCAUCCUCUGCACCCAAGCCCAGGCCACCGCUGCCGCGGUUCAGUUCUUACAGAUCAGCACCGCCUUCAUCCCGGCUGCAGUCCUGACCACCGCUUUCACAGUCCGGCCGCUACCGCUGGUUCCACCUCUGCAACAGGCAUCGCUGCUUCUGAUAUUCGGUGAGUCUUUCCCUGCGGAGGUCAGAUCUCCUGAUCUUGGAAGUAGCCGCAUUAGACGUGUACGGUCCUUUGAAAAAUGGCCGAGUCAGCCGACAGCAAGGAAUUAUUAGUAUCCAGUCAAGAAGAGGCUGGUAAUAAGGUGAUGGUGGAGGGGCCUGGGAAACAGCCGGAGCACGGGGAAAAUGCCGCAGCUGGGCCUGGAAAUGAUGGAGAGAGCGGUGAAGAAGCCGCCCCUUGCCCUGGGGAAGAAGGGGAAAAAUGUGAAGAUGCUGCUGGGUCCGGGGAAGGCGGGGAAAAAGGUGAAAUUACUGAGGAGGACUCAGACCCAGACCGACCAAAAGGACUUAUCGGUUAUCUUUUAGAUACAGACUUUGUUGAAAGCCUGCCUAUGAAAGUUAAGUACCGUGUAUUAGCCCUCAAAAAGCUUCAAACUAGAGUGGCGAAUCUAGAAUCCAAAUUCUUGAGGGAAUUUCAUGAAAUUGAGAGAAAGUUUGCUGAAAUGUAUCAGCCUUUGUUGGAAAAAAGACGUCAGAUCAUCAAUGCAAUCUAUGAGCCUACAAAAGAGGAAUGUGAAUAUAAAUCAGACUAUGAGGACUAUGAUGAUGAGGAGAUGUAUGAUGAGGAAGAGAUGUAUGGUAAUGAAGAUGGUCUGGUACAUGAGUAUAUGGAUGAGGGUUAUGAGGAAGAUUAUUAUGAUUAUGCUAUUGUGGAGGAGGAGGAUGACAACAAUGCUGCUGCUGCUGCUGAUGAUGAUGACAUUGAGGCUACUGGGGAGAAUAAUAAAGAAGAUGCUCAAGGAAUUCCUGAUUUUUGGCUGACUGUCUUAAAAAAUGUUGAUACACUCACUCCUUUGAUUAAGAAAUAUGAUGAGCCUAUUCUGAAACUCCUGACAGAUAUUAAAGUGAAGCUUUCAGAUCCUGGUGAGCCUCUCAGUUUCACACUGGAAUUUCACUUCAAACCCAAUGAAUAUUUCAAAAAUGAGCUGUUGACAAAGACCUAUGUGCUGAAGUCAAGACUAGCAUAUUAUGAUCCCCAUCCCUAUAGGGGAACAGCGAUUGAAUAUUGCACAGGCUGUGAGAUUGAUUGGAAUGAAGGAAAGAAUGUCACUUUGAAAACCAUCAAGAAGAAGCAGAAACAUCGGAUCUGGGGAACAAUCCGAACUGUGACUGAAGAUUUUCCCAAUGAUUCAUUCUUCAAUUUCUUUACUCCUUAUGGAAUCAGCUCAAAUGGAAAGGAUGGAAAUGAUGAUUUUUUACUUGGUCACAAUUUACGUACUUACAUAAUCCCAAGAUCAGUUUUAUUUUUCUCAGGUGAUGUACUUGAAUCUCAGCAGGAGGGGGUAAUUAGGGAAGUUAAUGAUGCAAUUUAUGACAAAAUUAUUUAUGAUAGUUGGAUGGCUGCAAUUGAGGAGGUUAAAGCCUGUUGCAAAAAUCUUGAGGCAAUGGUAGAAGACAUUGACCGCUAAGGCAGAUCUACAUGGCCCUGAAAUUAACAGCCUUAGAUCUAGAUACUCAAAAUAAAAACCGUUAAUUAGUCUUGUGUUCUGAAUUUUUCUUAGAGUGUUAAAGCAUAUAUUAGAAAUAUAAAAGAAGUUAAAAUACUAAUUCAUUUGACCUUGCAUUUUAGUAGUAGAAUGCUUUCAAGUAAUGUAUACUGUGGUAAAUGAUUUAAGACAUUAAAAUAGUGUAAUGUAUUUUAAUCCUUCUGAAGUCCUUUUGUCAUGUAGCUAUCAAUUUGUUGAUGUGAAUAUUAUCCAGGCUGCUAAAUGAGACCCAAAUUUUUCUGCUGUUGUUGUUUGGGUAAUUUUAUUUUCUUAGUCCUUUAGCUAGUGAGUUUCAUUUUGUCAUGCCUGCUUCAUUUUGCAAUAAAAAUGCAGUAGAAUUUAAAACUUGAGUGCUUAAGAAGAAGCCUGCAUAUGGUUAAGAAUUUCAGGCAAAAUCAAAUUUAUUGUUAAUAACAGCUUGUUCAUAGGCUCUUAUAUUAUGUAAUCGUAACAAAAAAUGAAACUUAGUAAUACUGAGGUUAUUGUUUAUCAGUGAAAUGUUAAUCACAGUAUUUUUAAAAGAUUCACAUUGUACUGUGUAAUUGUGUAAGCUGUAAUUACAGUGUGUAAUUUUUUUCUUAUACAACAUUUAAUCAUUCAUUGAAAGUGAUCACUUUACCAUUUUGAAAAGACUUCAUGUUCUUUCACUGCAAAAUAAAAUGAAUAAAAAUUUCAGUGUA